AUGCCCUGGUCCAGACCCCAGGUGGAUCUUCAAGCUGGUGGAGCAGAGGCCAUGGACCAGUACAACAUAGAUGACCACCACUAUGAAGGCUCCCUGUUCCCCACUUCCACCCUCAUCCCUGUCACCGUCAUCUGCAUCCUUAUUUUCAUUGUCGGAGUGACAGGCAACACCAUGACCAUCCUCAUCAUCCAGCGCUUCAAGGACAUGAAGACUACCACCAACCUCUACCUGUCCAGCAUGGCGGUGUCUGACCUCAUCAUUUUCCUGUGCCUGCCCUUUGACCUGUACCGCCUGUGGAAGUAUGUGCCCUGGCUUUUUGGGGAAGCAGUGUGCCGCUUCUAUCACUACAUCUUUGAGGGCUGCACCUCGGCCACCAUCCUUCACAUCACGGCUCUGAGCAUCGAGCGCUAUCUGGCCAUCAGCUUCCCCCUCAAGAGCAAGGUGGUGGUGACCAGACGCAGGGUCCAGCGUAUCAUCCUCGCCCUGUGGAGUUUCGCCCUGGUCUCUGCAGCUCCCACGCUCUUCCUCGUAGGGGUGGAGUAUGACAACGAAACACACCCAGACUACAGCACAGGGGAGUGCAAGCACACCAGCUACGCCAUCAGCUCUGGACAGCUGCACAUCAUGCUCUGGGUGUCCACCACAUAUUUUUUCUGCCCAAUGCUCUGCCUCAUCUUUCUCUAUGGCUCCAUCGGGUGCAAGUUAUGGAAAAGCAAAAAUGACCUGCAAGGCCCGUGUGCGCUGGCCCGAGAAAGGUCACACAGGCAAACAGUCAAGAUCCUGGUGGUGGUGGUGCUGGCCUUCAUCAUCUGCUGGCUGCCGUACCACAUCGGCAGAAACCUCUUUGCCCAGGUGGAUGACUAUGAAACAGCCAUGGUGAGCCAGAACUUCAACAUGGCCUCCAUGGUGCUCUGCUACCUUAACGCCUCCAUCAACCCCGUCGUCUACAACCUGAUGUCUCGGAAGUACAGGGCCGCGGCCAAGCGGCUCUUCCUGCUGCGCCAGCGGCCCAGACGAGCCCAGAGACAGCUCCGAGUAAUCGAUCACAUCUCCACCCUGAAUGAAAGCCUUACAGGGGUCUGA